CUCGUCCAGCGCACCUACCUUGUAGAAGAAAGAAAAAGCAACAGCCCGGCAUCAUGUGCACAUUCGAGCAAAAACACUUUAACUGCAACCACAAGGAAACCCCCACAAAGUCCGAAUAUUCAUGCGAUAUAUAUAAAAACUUUGUUAUUGGAGAAUGCAAAUAUGAUUACCCGAGCAACCAUAAGCACAAGCCCAAUAUCGUAAUCGUAGACAAAGUCUGCGACGAUUGCAAAAAGGCCAAGGAGAAGGAGGAGAAGGAGAAGAAGGAGAAGGAGAAGAAGGAGAAGGAGAAGAAGGAGAAGGAGAAGAAGGAGAAGGAGAAGAAGGAGAAGGAGAAGAAGGAGAAGGAGAAGAAGGAGAAGGAGAAGAAGUAG